AAGAAACAUAAGUACCUUCAAGCCUCUAUAUAUUCCCUUCCCAAGUUCCUCACUCACACAAGCAUAGCCCCCUCUGUUUCUCCCCUCCUCGCUUAUGCCAAAAGAGCUGAAAAUGGAAUCCCUUGGUUUUCUCCUCUUGGUAGCAUUACUGUCUUCCGGGGCUGGUGUGUAUGGAUAUGACGGGGGUUGGAUUGAUGCCCAUGCUACCUUCUAUGGAGGAGGUGAUGCGUCAGGAACAAUGGGUGGUGCUUGUGGUUAUGGGAAUUUAUACAGUGAGGGAUAUGGGACUAACACAGUAGCACUAAGCGCAGCUUUGUUCAAUAAUGGGUUGAGUUGUGGAGCUUGUUUUGAGAUAAAGUGCGUUAAUGACCAAAAAUGGUGCCUCCCUGGCUCCAUUGUGGUCACUGCCACCAACUUCUGUCCACCAAACAAUGCCCUCCCAAACAAUGCUGGAGGUUGGUGCAAUCCUCCCCAGCACCACUUUGAUCUCUCCCAGCCUGUCUUUCAACAAAUUGCACAAUAUAAAUCAGGGAUUGUGCCUGUGUCCUACAGAAGGGUUCCUUGCCAGAAGAAGGGAGGGAUUAGAUUCACAAUAAAUGGCCAUUCUUUCUAUAACUUAGUCCUAAUAACAAACGUUGGAGGUGCUGGAGAUGUCACUGCUGCAUCAAUCAAAGGGUCAAGAACUGGGUGGCAACCCAUGACAAGGAACUGGGGACAAAAUUGGCAAAGCAACAUGAACCUAAAUGGACAAACCCUUUCAUUUAAGGUCACUACAAGUGAUGGACAAACUAUAAUCUCUAAUGAUGUUGCACCACCAGGGUGGACCUUUGGCCAGACCUUCAGUGGAUUACAAUUCCCAUGAACCAAAAUCUUCGCAGUUUCUUAAAUACUAAUUAAUUAGGACUAGUUAUUUAUGGUUUAUGAAAAAAUAUAUAUGGUAAGGACUUAGAGAUGGUCCUUGUCAUAAUAUAUUAGGGUUUAUGUUUCUGUUCUGCUCUCUUUUAAAAAAGCAAAACAGAAGGAAUUGGUAGUGUGUGGUACCAGUUCUUGUUGAGUCAAUAAGUUUGCUUUAUUAGUUAGUUCCUCUGUUGCAAGCAAUUUUGUUUUUUGGCUGAUAUAUGUAUGACCUAUUGCAAGGUUCAAUAAUGUUAUGUUGUAUUGAACGGAAUCAG